UAUCUUUUCGACCUAAGCUGCAGGAUAUCACAAAUUGAAUAACAUCAGCAGGAUUCGCAACAAGCAAGAUUUGUAUAAACUUAGUGUAGUCUGCUUAAAAGAGCUCAAAAACUUUCAAAUGGUGUGGUGAAUAUGCAGUUCCGUCCAUUGACCAGCCUGCUGUGUGUAUAUUGAAACAAGAUGGAUAGAAAGUGUACUGGUGAUGUAUUGCUAGUAGGAGAGGGGGAUUUUUCACUAGCUUUGUCUCUAACACAGAAACUGAACCCAGAAUGUCUAACAGCCACAAGCUACCUCUCUGAAAAGGAGAUUGUUCUACAUAAACAAGCAAUACAUAACACUCAGCAGCUAAGAAACAAAGGUGUCACAGUGAUGUAUAAUAUUGAUGCAACAAAUCUCUCAAGUUAUCCUCAUCUUCAGUUGAAAAAUUGGACUAGAAUCAUUUUCAACUUUCCACACAUCGGGGGCAAAUCAAACAUAAAGAGAAACAGACAACUUCUCAAACACUUUUUUAUGAGCUCAGUGAAGAUAAUCUCACCAAAAGGCCAGAUAUGUGUUACAUUGGCACAGGGACAAGGUGGAAGCCCAGAUGAUCAACCAAUGAGAGAAUGGCAAAACUCAUGGCAGAUUGUUGCCAUGGCUGCAUGUGCAAAUCUUAUUCUGUCGCAAACUGUUCCAUUUGUGGCUGCUGACUAUCCUUUAUACAGUUGCACUGGAUUUAGGAGUCAAGAUAAACAUUUUAACACUGAGGGUGCUAUAACUCACAUAUUUGAAACAGCUGAUCCUGUUGAGCUACCUGGAUGUAUACAACCUGAGACUGCUUAUAUUAUGGUGGAUGACAAAACUGUCAAUUCAUCCAGAUAUUUUGCCACAAAAUUCAGUAGAAAACUAUAUGAAAUAAUUGGUCAUCCUGUAUGUGAAAUACAGAGUCUGAUUUUGGAUGAUCUUGUGAAGAGACAAGGAAUUGAACUGAGAAUUGUUCCAAGUGAAACAUGUCCUUUGGUAUCACCUCUAAGUCACAUUUGGAAUGCAUCUAGCGAGGACUCCUACAACAUUUAUAGUGAUCCUCUGAGCAAUAACCUGAUGAUUGGAGAAGCACAUCAAGAAGCAGAUAUCUUUGGAGAAUAUCAAUGUUCUCUGAGAACAUCUAUGUUGGAUGUGGUUGGCAAGGUGAUGGAAAGAUGGUUACAGAGUGAUAAUGAAAUAACUAUAGUCUCAGGGGAUGUGUAUCAAAAGUGUAGAUUAGAGAGACAAAUGCCAAUCAGGACUGAAAUGAUGUUUAUUGUGAAAACCACAGCUGGUAUUUCAUUGAAAGAUAUCCUGAACUCGUGCAUCACUGAAAUAUUUGUUAAGUUCAACAAAACAGGGACGGUUAAUUUUUCGAUAGCUGAAAGCCCCUCAAACAGUGAAAUGUUGUUAGAAAUAUAUGAUAGUGUUCAAAAAAAUAUCACAAUUGGAAAAAUAAAUUCAUUUCAACAUGAUAGUGUUGACUUUACAUGUGCCAUUCUGGACCUAAAUACAUUAGCCUGUCUGAUAGUAGAUAUCCUUGAUCACAGACUUAUUUGGAGCAAUGAUGAAAGGACUGUGGAGGCAUUGAAAAAUGUAUUUCAUUAUAGUACUGUAUUCAAAUCAAUCAGUUUAUACCCUCUGGAAUCAAGACAUGAUAUCUCGUUUUGGAUAGAUGAUGAAGCUGCUUUCAAUGAAAAUGUGUUUUCUCAAAUUGUUUAUGCAACAAGUGAUGAUUGUAUUAAACAUGUGAAAUUACUUGAUAGUUACAGAGAUGAAAGUGGUAGACUGAGUAAGACCUAUAGCCACAUCUACCAGUCACCAGAUAGACCUCUGUCAUACGACAUGUCACAUCAACUUCAGAGUUCUAUCAGAUUAACUCUAGCUAAACUCAUGAAAAUAACUUUAAGAUGAUGAUGCUACACAUUACUUGCAGUAUUAGUUGCAUCAUUAUUCUCAUUAACUUGAACUGAUGAAAUAAACAAUAGAUCUAUUCUGAUAAAUGGUGUCAUUUUCUCAGUUCUAAUAUAAUACAUGUAUAGAGUUGUGAUUAACAGAGGAGAAUAAAAUAUUCCUGCAUAUAGAAUCUUUAAGUAUAAUUUGUUUUGAAAAAUGUAACAGGAGAUCUUCCUCAAAGACAAAAGAAACUCCCUUUUAGUUCCCUCAUUCUAGUAGCAACAUGUACAUUGCAAUGGACAGCAUAAACUGGUUCACCUGUUCAAACACAAAGGUAAUGUACAUUCAUAAUUUUAUUUGUACUGCAUGUUAAUGUUAAACGGUUCUGCAAAGUGCAGUGAAUACUUAAUUACAUGUACUCAUUCUUGUAGCCACAUUGCAAUGUACAGGGCGUUCAAUAAGUAUUGCU